CCUCCUCUCUCUUCCUCAUUCAUUCGUAAUUUCUUGUGUUCUCUCAGUCUCUUCUCUUCUUGUAUGUUUUCUCACCUGAAACCAGAUAGAUAAAUAUAGUCUAUACACACAUUUAUAUAGAUAUACGUAUAUGUCUGCAUAUGUAUAACUCACAGAUAAAAAGUUGAGAGAUUCUAUUUUCUGCUUGGCUAAAAAAAUGACCAAUUUCGGGUUCAGAAACUCUCUUCUCUACUCUUUGUUAUGUUUCUUCUUUUCAUGUCCUGUGAUUUUCUCUCAACUACCCCCCACUCAAGUAGUCUCCAUGAACACUCUUUAUCAAUAUCUCAACACUAGUCUUUCAUGGGAUAUUAAUAAACAGCCAAGCCCAUGUUCAUGGAAGGGAGUGACAUGCGACUCCACCAAUUCUUCUGUACUUAAAAUUUCUCUAUCUGGGUUUUCUCUUUCUUCCUCAGAUUUUCUUCCUGCUGUCUGCCAGAUUAGUUCUUUGCAGGUUUUUGACGUGUCCAACAACCGUUUGAGCAAAGUUCCAGAUAAGUUCAUGACUGAUUGUGGAAAAUUGGAGGCACUGCAGCGGCUGAAUUUUAGCAAAAACAGGUUGGUUGGUUCUAUGCCUUCGUUUGUUGGUUUUGCUGGGCUGGAGUUCUUGGACUUCUCUUUUAAUCAAUUUAAUGCUAGCAUUAAUGUAGAGUUUGAAGGAUUGGAUGGUCUUAAAAGCUUAAAUCUUAGUUUUAACGCGUUCAAUGGUUCUGUUCCUACAAAACUUGGAAAGUCCAAGGUUUUGAAGGAGCUUGAGCUUUCAGUGAAUCAUUUCCAAGGUAACAUCCCCGAAGAAAUGUUUGAUUAUGGGAAUUUGACACUGAUUGAUCUUAGCCAAAAUAGUAUUUCAGGGUCUAUUCCUAACAGAAUUGGCGACCUCUCAAAGUUGGAGGUUUUAAUUCUCUCUAACAAUAAUCUAAGUGGAAAAAUCCCAGUGAGCAUUUCAACUAUCCGAACUCUAUCACGAUUUGCUGCAAAUUCUAACUCUUUUUCUGGUAAAAUCCCCAGCAAUAUUACCAGAUUUCUCAGAAACUUGGAUUUAAGUUAUAACAAGUUAACUGACUCAAUUCCUUUAGACCUCCUGUCACCAGCGAAUUUGGAAACUGUGGAUUUGUCAUUUAAUCGUUUAGAGGGAUUCUUUCCUACAAACAUUUCUCCUAGGUUGGUCAGGUUGAGACUGGGGAGCAAUAAACUUGAAGGGCCGAUUCCUUCUCGUAAAUUUUCAACAUUUGAGAACCUGACAUACUUGGAGCUGGACAAAAAUAAUUUUUCUGGGUCGAUUCCUCCAGAUUUGGGUUCUUGCAAAAGUUUAGCACUGUUGAAUUUGGCUCAAAACAACCUGACUGGGUCUUUGCCUGGCCAGCUGGGUAAUCUUAGAAUGCUUCAAGUCUUACAACUGCAAUCCAACAAUCUCUCUGGUGAAAUCCCUGAGCCAAUUUUCCAACUACAGAGGUUAUCGGUCCUGAAUAUCAGCUGGAAUUCUCUGAGUGGUCAAAUACCAUAUUCUAUCUCGAACUUGCAACACCUUGUUAACCUCAACUUACAAGGCAACAAGCUUAAUGGUACCAUACCAAAUACCAUGAGUUCCAUGGAUGCCCUUUUAGAACUCCAACUGGGAGAAAAUCAACUGAGUGGUCUUCUUCCAAAGAUGCCACCAAGUUUGCAGAUUGCUUUGAAUCUUAGUAACAAUCUCUUUGAAGGAUAUAUUCCAGAAACUCUUUCGACGCUUGUUAAUUUAGAAGUAUUGGAUCUCUCAUAUAACAAUUUCUCAGGUGGGAUUCCAGAAUCAUUUACUAGAAUGCGAUCCUUGACACAGUUGUUGCUUUCUAACAAUAGCCUCUCUGGAGUAACUCCAGUAUUUAAUUCUUGGGUCAUGGUUGACACAAAAGGAAACAAGAAUUUGAUUUUUGCUACAAAACCAACAACUUACUCGCCAUCAUCGAGGAAAACAUUCUCAGUGGUUGUAAUAGUUCUUGUAGUUUUGGCUUCUGUAUUUGCUGUUGGAGCAAUUUUCAUCUUCACUGUGUUACUCUUCCGACGAUACGGAAGGGUUACUGAUGAACAGUUACAACCAGGGGAAGAUCUACCCCUCCCUCAGGUUGUCCAGGGAAAUUUAUUAACCUCAAAUGGAAUCCACAGAUCAAAUAUUGACUUCACCAAGGCGAUGGAAUCAGUUGCUGACCAAGCAAACAUUGUGAUGAAAACUAGGUUCUCAACCUACUACAAAGCAACUAUGCCUUCAGGGUCGAGCUACUUUGUCAAGAAGCUUAAUUGGAGUGAUAAGAUAUUUCACUGGGGCAGCCAUGAUAGAUUUGGAACGGAGCUUGAGGUCUUUGGGAAAUUGAGCAAUUCCAAUGUCAUGACUCCCUUGGCCUAUGUUUUGUCUGUUGACAAUGCUUAUCUCUUCUAUGAGUAUUCCUCAAAGGGCACCCUUUUCGAUAUUCUUCAUAAUAGCUCAGGAUGUGAUAUGGACUGGGCGAAUAGAUACAGUAUAGCAGUGGGAGUAGCUCAAGGUCUUGCUUUUCUUCAUGGGAUUUUCUCUGGUCCAAUGCUCCUACUUGACCUAUCAAGCAGAAGUAUCUUUCUAAAGUCCAUGAAAGAGCCUCAAGUGGGAGAAAUUGAGCUCUACAAGGUUAUUGAUCCAUCAAAGAGCACCGGAAGCAUUUCGACUGUAGCUGGUUCUGUUGGCUAUAUCCCUCCAGAGUAUGCAUACACAAUGAGAGUGACAACGGCUGGAAAUGUUUACAGUUUUGGAGUAAUUCUGCUUGAACUGCUAACAGGGAAACAAGCAGUUAGUGAGGGGACUGAAUUAGCUAAGUGGGUAUUAAGCAACUCAGUGGAAGAAGAUAAAUGGGAGAACAUGCUUGAUUUUAGCAUCAGUAGAACUUCACUCUUAGCCAAAAAGCAGAUGCUUGCGGUACUAAAGGUUGCCAUUGGUUGUGUUUGCGUAUCGCCCGAAGCUAGGCCAAAGAUGAAGAGUGUUCUACGCAUGAUUCUCAAUGCUAGAUAAACUAAAGGAGGAGAGAGAUUCCAUUGAAAUAAAUCGAGCCAAGAGUACGUAUACAGUUCUGCAUGAAAAAUAGUAAUAUGAUGAGUUUGUUUAGUUCUACUAGAUUAGAGGUGGUGAAAAUUUGUUGUUGCCUUUUGGAGUAUUGUAUGCUAAUAUCUAUGCUUCUUUAGCAAAUGAAAAGAGAAUAAUAAAGAAAAAGAAUGUGACUUUGCGUUUUA